AUGGUUUGUUUAAUCACAGUUUUAAUAAUAUUUUUAAUAUAUUCAACGUUACUCAUCUGGUCAAAAUACCAAGAUAGAAAAGAUGUAUCGAGGGGUGAAAUUGUGAUUCUCCAUGAUAACUAUCCAGGAGAAGAUGAAGUUUAUUUAGUGACGGUUUACACGGGACACUCUGCUGAUGCUGGAACUACGGCUAAUGUAUGCCUUCAAUUGCACGGGAAUAUUAGCAGUAGUAGAGUACAUUGGUUAUACAAUUCAAACUGUGACGUUUUACAGCGUUUCAAUGACGAUUGGUUCAUCAUUUUUACACCAAAAAGUCUUGGGGAAAUCGAAUCUAUUCAUAUAUGGCAUGAUAAUUAUGGAAAAAGUCCUAGUUGGUAUUGUAAACGUAUUGAAGUUACUGUUGUACGAAAAAAGAAAAAGUGGAAUUUUAAUGUGGAAAGAUGGUUUACGAUUUUAAACUCUAUUGAAAAUAUUGAGCACUUUAUUAUCAAAGGAACAACUAAUGACUGGCAAACAAAAGCAAUAGAUGAUGUCGAAUUAACUAUACGUGAAGAAUAUCUAUGGGCAAGUGUAUUUAUACGUCAUCCAAGAUCUUUAAUAACGCGAUGUCAAAAAUUGAGCAGAAUAAUAUGUUUAUUAUUUAGUUCGAUGGUAAUAAGUUUAUUAUUUUAUGAUUUAGUAGACGAUGAUGAAGAACAUUUUUUGAAAUUUGAAAUAACACUUACUCAAAUUUAUAUUUCUAUACAAAGCAGUUUAAUACACUUAUUAAUGACGUUUACCACUACUUAUUGUUUUAAUAAAGGCUCUCGCAUCGAAAAAUAUGUUACUGUUCAAGAAGUGAAAAUGGAUUUUAAAAUAAAAAAACCUUGGUGGAGAAAAUUAUUAACUAAAAUUGUUCCGAAAAAAGUCAUUUAUUUGCCUGCUCAGAUGAAAGAAAAAAGUAAUCAAAACACUGGAAUAAAUUAUUGGUUUUUAGCUGGAUGGACAUUAUGUUUACUUAUCUAUGGUUUAUCGACUGUUUUAAUUAUUACCUUCGGGCUGAAAUUAGGACAAGUGAAAAGUUUACAUUGGUUAAUGGCAUUACUAAUAACCGUUCUACAAAAUGCAUUAAUAUCUGAACCUUUACAAAUAAUAAUAUGUAGUUUUAUCAUAUUUAAACUCAAUCAAGGACAGCAGCAUACAUUAUUAAGCAAUUAUACAAUUAAUUUGGACAAUUUCCGUAAAAAUACCAAGAAUCGAUUACAAAAUAUUCGAUUUAUACAAAGUAUACGAGAACGUAGAAAAAGAUAUGUAUAUAGUCCAAUGACACGAAAAUCUGCUCAAAUUUUACAAGCUAAAUAUAAAGAUAAAUUGCGACAAGCAAGUUUUCAAGAAAAUGUUACUACAUGUCUCCUAUUAAUAUCAAUAUCAUUAUUUUGUAUUAGCGCUUUAUAUUCGUUUAGAAAUCCUAAACAUAUUGUGCAUGCCAAUAAUAUUAACAAGCUAUUUCUCAAAAGCAUAUUACAAACAAAUAUGAUGAAUUUGGAAAUGAUGAAGACGUUUUUAACUGGAUCGUUUUUAAAUCCUUUUCAUAUUAGAGAGUACUAUAAUGGAAUACCAAUAGUCAAUAAAUCCAUCUCAUAUCUAAGCGAAAAUAAUGAAAGAGGUUGGUGUAGUUUUUACAACAGUAAAUUAGUAAACGGUGGGAUCAGAAUAAAACAAAAUAGAAUAACAGAAAAAAACUUGAGAUGGGAAACUGACACAGGGAGUUAUGAAGAAGGAUGGAUAAAAAUUACCGAUAUUGAAAAAGCUACUGCUUGGAUAUAUAGAUCUGUACCCGUAAUCAAAUAUUUUGGACUAUGGUUUCCUGAUACAAAAAACUCUGGAUUUAUAUUAGAUCUAACUGGACAGCUAUCAGAGUAUAAACAAAAAAUAAAUACUCACUUAGAAAAUGGAUGGUUGGAUAAUAGAACAAGAAGUCUAGUAAUAGAAUUUCAUACGUACACACCCGGCAUAGAUUGCAUUACAGUGUUCAAAAUAAAAUUUCAAACUUUAUCAGGACUAUUAUACACAAUACAUAGUGAAGUUUGGACGGUGCCUUCGAGUUCGGCGAUCGUCACGUGGAACACGUACGUGUUCACGCUGGUGUUCAUGUUCGCGUACGCGUUUAUGGCCGUGCGACUGAUGGUGUCGCUGAAACACAUGGUGUCCGCCAUGUACGACCACGGCGGCGGCGCGUACAGGCUGCUGUGCGCGGCGUACGAGUGCGUGGUGCUGGCGGUGGUCAUGUGCGCGAUGUUCGCGGUGACCGGCCGCUGGAAGCUGAUGGAGCUGGCGCACGAGCGGUACGCGUCAGCCCGGGAGACGGCGGUCGUGAGCAGCAUGACGUACAUGUGCCAGGCCCACGAACACGUGGCCGCCCUGGCGUCCGUCACCGUGGCCAUGGGGCUGUUCCGCACGUUCCAGCUGGUGUUGUACGAGAGACGGGUGUCGCACGUGGCCCGGGCGCUGAGCGCGUCCGUGAGGCCUGCGGCCGCCGUGGUCGCCUACGGCCUGAUCGUCACGUACGGCGCCUGGUCCGGCGUGGCCGGCGGCGGCAACGGCGGUUCCUCCGGGUUCUUCAACGCGUUCGUUUUGUCCCGAGCCGGCGGGCGCGGGCGGGACGGCGCGUCGCGGCCACCGCCGAUGGCCACGGCCGUCUCGGCCAUCGCGUUCCUGCUGCUGAACGCCACCGUCGUGUCGAUCAUCACCAAGCGCUACGUUCUGUCCAAACUGUACUGCGCGCGACAAUGACUGAUGAGAC